GCCAUAAUAGCGUUAUAGUGCUGUCACAAAGACACAAAAGCGCCGACCGACACUUGCGGUUAAGGCCCAGACCCUUCCCUGCUAUCAAAGCCACCAGCACACUAGAGCUCGUGGCGUGGUGUGCUAUCUGGAAAUUGUGUAUCAGCCCCGACUAAGGCGCCCUCGCAACUUGCGAGGACACGGAGUUACGCACCAUGGCAGCGGAGCAGCCCCGGAAGGACGCUGGGAUGGGCAGGUCAUUUCUCGCACGGAUUGCGGCCAGCGCGGAGGAGGACCCCAAGACCGCUGAGGCCUUCCUGGCACACAGGCACCAGCCGCCGCAGGAGGGCGACGCCAAGCCGCAGUGGGUUGACCCCGUCAAGCCUCUGACGGCUGAGGAAGAGCGGCUGUGGAAGGAGUACUCGCUCAACUUCGCGCGGCGGCUCAACAAGAUGUGAGGCCAGCGCGCAGCAGGAGGGGGCAGGGGAGGGCACUGGCGCGGCACAGGUACCGGCGGCUGAUGGACAGGCCGGGCGAACCCGUAGCACGGUGGUGGCGGCAGUGGCGGCCCCCGUGGCGGCAGCAGCGAGCGCCAGGCCCAAUCGCGGCAGCGACUGCAGCUCGGGGUCUCAGUGACUGCAGAUACAUACGGAGUGGAGGGAACAAGCAAAGCCACAAGGUGGAGAGCGUGGUGCUGCCCGGACAAGCGGCGCCGGCGUGUAGGUUGAGACCGGCCGGUGCCUGGCUGUGCGACGGCUGCGUGACGCCCGACUAGCCUGGUUAUACCGUACAUACGUGUGCUACAGCGCACUGGCACUGCUUGGCCGGUGCCUGUGAAAACCGAUACCGGCCAAGUCCAGGAGGUGAGGUUGUGCCGCCGGACCUUGGGCCUUGUUAAUUGGUCUGAUGUGGGCUCAUGCCACUUUCCCCAUGGCCAGUCUCAAGUGUCGUGCGGCUCAACACUGCAUUUGCUGCUUGCCUGGAGUACAUCGCUGCAUGGAACUGCGUCGGCGGGGUGGAGUGGGUGGAUGAGGGCGAAGCACAGACGAACUGACGGAUGCGACAAUGAUAGAACUGAUGCGGUGCUGCGCUUUGUCACGUUGACAUGGGGCCAGUAUACGGUGGCUGAUGAAUCGUGGAUGUGAUGAUAAUGAUGAUGAUUUGGGUGUAUUGAUUGUGUUUCUGCUUAAGGCGUGUGGUUCUGUGUGGGAAGACGGCAUGCCCCUAACACCAGGUGGCAGUGCCAUACCCGACAUGUUGCCCCCCAUCCGAUCCCGUCCCGUCCUAAGGAUUGCAUUGGUUACAAGAGGGACCUGCUGACGCAGUUCACGAGCCAGUGACGUAGGGCUAAGGGUAGUAUUGUAGGGCUAAGUCCCCGGAGCGGCAGUGGCGGCGCAGGGCCUGGCGGCGGCAGCGGCCCUGGGCCCAGCCGUGGCAGCGUGCAUGUGCGUACGAGAGGGGGCAGGCAAGGCCUCGUGGCGGAGCCGCUGGAUAAGUGCCUAAGUGGCGCCGGCGCGCAGGUUAAGCCCUGCCGGUGUCUGGUUUGCGGUCUUUGCUGGCGAGCAUAGCGUGGCACGGUAUGUGGAAGGCCGCAGCAGAAUUUUGUUGCUAGUGGAUUUCCUGCUGUUUGGUUGAUUGCUGGCUGUGCGUGUGCUUGACAGCGGGUCGUGGCUGGACGCAUGGCGGGCCGUGCCUGUACGAACCGACCCCGGCAAUGUCGGGAGCUGGGUUCGACGCUUGAGGACUUGUACGGGCGACGUGGCGUGGGCGCAGCCCACUUUUUCCCAUGCGAGGG